GGGGAAGGAAAAUUGGUGUGAAGAGCCUGUUGCUCGCUCCUGGCCAAUAGGGAGAGGCCCUUGGUGGCCUAGUCUCCUCCCCUCUGUACAACGGAGGGGCAUAGGCAGCGCAGAAGUUUGGGGAAUCGGCUGGAUGGACUGUUUUUCUUCUCUUUCUCUAAUUUAACGAAUGUUUUUUCGGUCACCAUGAACUCGUCAAAACGCCUCUUUCUGCUCCACACGAAGCGGAUUAAGUUUCGAACGGCGUGGUAGGAACAGUUUAAGUGGAAAUAUGGAUUGAACGUCGGGGGAAAAAAACCCUUUCAAACUUUCUCUUCUCCAGCUCUCUCUCUCUCACAAUGGAGCUGAGAAAGCGGAGCCGCUGCCCGGAAUGGCGCGCGCUCUGGCUCGCGCUCUGGCUCGCGCUCUUCCUCUCCUGCCUCUCGAGCGCGUUCGGGGACCUCAAGUACUCCGCCGAAGAGGAGCAGAAGCCGGGCUCCAUCGUAGGGAAUAUAGCAAAAGAUUUGGGCCUCACCCUUCAGAGGAUUAUUGAGAGGAACGCGCGUGUUAUUUCGGACUCCAGCGGCCAGUUCUUCGAGAUCAACUCGGACAACGGCGCCUUGGUCAUCAAGGAGACCAUUGACAGGGAGCGCAUCUGCGGCUCGAUCGCAGUGUGUUACUUGCACCUUCAGAUCCUCCUCGAGAACAAGCUCGAAGUGCAUCGCGUCGUCGUAGAAAUAUCGGACGUAAACGAUAACGCACCGCAGUUCCCCGCGCGCAACUCCUCGCUGGAGAUCUCGGAGGCGGCCGCGCCGGGAACGCGUUUCCGCCUGGAGAGCGCGCGGGACCCUGACGUGGGCGUCAACUCGCUGCGCACGUACCACCUGGCGCCCAAUGACUGCUUCGGCCUGAGGGUCGAGACCAAAAGCGACGGCGGUAAGUUCCCGGAGCUCGUGCUGGAAAAGGCUCUGGACCGAGAGGCGCAGGCGUCAUUCCGCCUGCUGCUCACGGCCGUGGACGGUGGGCAGCCUGAGAAAUCGGGCACCACCCUGCUGCUCAUUAAGAUCCUGGACGUGAACGACAACGCGCCAGUGUUUGACGAGCCUGUGAAGAAGGUCAGUCUUCUAGAAAACUCUCCUGUGGGAACUGUUGUUGCAAAACUCAAUGCCACUGACGCAGAUUCUGGAAUGAAUGGGGAAGUGGCUUUCCUGUUUAGUAAAUACACGCCAGACAUAAUUCUGAAUCUAUUCAGUGUGGAUUCUAAAAGUGGAGAAAUCCAGGUUAUUGGAGAGGUGGAUUAUGAGCAAACCAAUGUUUAUGACAUUACUGUCCAGGCCCGGGAUGGUGGAACCCCCGCCAUGGAGGGCUCCUGCAACGUCAAAGUAGAAAUAACGGAUGUGAACGAUAACACUCCGGAAGUUGCAUUGACCUCUCUCACCAGCCCCAUCAGCGAGGAUGCUGAAACCGGCACUGUCAUUGCACUAAUCAGCGCUAGAGACUUAGACUCUGGUAAAAACGGUCAGGUGACAUUAAAGGUGUCACCAGGGUUGCCUUUUAAACUGAAAUCUGCCUUUGGGGAGCAUUACACCCUUGUCACUGAUGGCCGUUUGGACAGGGAAACUGUCCCUGAGUACACUGUUGUUGUCACAGCGACAGAUGAAGGCUCUCCUCCAUUGUCUUCACAGAAGACAUUUGUAGUCAGUCUCUCUGAUGUGAAUGAUAAUGCUCCAGUAUUCUCGCAACCCUCUUACUCUGUAGACAUUGCAGAGAACAAUGCCCCAGGUACCCUGAUAGUGGCGGUCUCAGCCUCAGACCCAGAUUUGGGGGACAAUGCCCGUCUCACCUACUCCAUCUUGCCCACCAGUGUUCGUGGCAGCCCUGUGUCCUCUUACGUCUACAUCAACCCAGAGAACGGUAAUAUCUUUACUAUGCGUUCAUUGGACUAUGAGCAGAUGAACGCCUUUAAAAUUGAAGUGCAGGUUCAUGACGCUGGGACGCCGUCUCACCGUUCCAACGUCACCGUCCACGUCUUUGUUAUCGACCAGAAUGACAACCCGCCCAUCGUUCUUUAUCCUGCCCACUCUGAGGACUCAGGCCUCCAGCUGACCGUACCCCGCUCUGCCGCCGUUGGCCACCUUGUGAACAAGAUUGUGGGCUAUGAUCCAGACAGUGGGCACAAUGCCUGGCUGUCCUACAGCAUCACCCUUGGAGGCGAUGGAGCCUUCUUCCUAAUUGGAGAGCAUACAGGUGAGCUACGCACUGCACGGAAACUGGCCGAUGACGAGCAGGGUGGCAGGGAACGGCUAUCCUACAGCUUCAUAGUGGUUGUGCAGGAUAAUGGUAAGCCUCCCAAGUCCACCACCGUCUCUGUCACCGUCGAUGUGGAGGAGAAGAGCAUGGAUGCAGCCACAGACUCCCACAAAACUCUUUCUCGGAAAGUCAGUGGGAUGACGGAUGUAACCCUGUACCUUAUCAUUUCGUUGGGCUGUGUGACAUUGGUCUUUCUUGUGACCGCUGUAGUUGUGCUGGUGCGGUGUCUCAGACACAGGGACGACUUGACAUGCUGCUACUCAAGGAAAGACUUCCGUUCCAGGCAUGCCUACCAGCAGCGCUCCCAUAAAGACCUCCAUCUCCAGCUCAACACGGAUGGGCCGAUCCGGUACAUGGAGGUGGUGGGGGGCCCUCAGGAGCCCCACACACGCACAUACAGGCCGUGCUACUCAACCCUCUCCAGCAGGAGUGACUUUGUGUUUGUCAAGACUCCCAUGUUGAGCCAUAACAACACAUUAAACAUGACCUUAACCAGGAAGCACUUAAUGAACUCAGCCAAUGAGCAAAAACCCCCUAACACUGACUGGCGUUUCACGCAGAACCAGCGGCCUGGACCCAGCGGAGCGGCUGCCACUCCGGAGGUUGCCGUGGGAACAGGACCCUGGCCCAACCCCCCCACUGAAGCCGAGCAGCUCCAGGCUCUUAUGGCCGCCGCCAAUGAAGUGAGUGAGGCCACCAACACGCUGGGCCCUGGUACCAUGGGUUUGAGCACUCGCUACAGCCCGCAGUUCACCCUGCAGCAUGUGCCCGACUACCGGCAGAACGUCUACAUCCCCGGCAGCACAGCCACGCUCACCGCCAACCCCCAGCAGCCCCAGCAAGCCCUGCCCCCUCCACAGGCCUCUGCAGCCCAGCCUGAACCACCCAAGGCCGCCCAGACACCUGCCAGCAAGAAGAAGUCCACCAAGAAAGAGAAGAAGUAGAGAGAGCAGUAGCAGUGAGAUGCUGAAUGAGGUAGCGAGACAUGGGUGAAAGCCUGAGGGAAGGUAGAGAGGUGGAUGGAGAGGGACUUGGAUUAGGGGAAGAAUAUGGCAUAAUCUUCUCUUGCUUCUUCAGAGAUGAGGGUGAGCUUUGGUGCACUGAGCUUUUCUGGAUGUCUUUAAAGAGUAUAAAAUAAGACUGAAUGGGGGGGGGGGGCGGAAAAACAGUGUAUCAAUGUGCACCUCCCUCUGUUCUCGACUCUGGUGGAUGUGCAGCUCCACCAUCCAUUUCAAUCCAUGCAUUAAUUUUCUCACAUUAUAAUGUGGCUGAACGUGUUUUAUGUAUAAUACUUUUCACAUAGAGAUUAAGGUUCCUUUAGACUUCUUGUCUCGCUGAAUGUUCCUGAGUUCUGGAGAGUGAACUCAGAAGCUGUUUUAUCGUUCUUUUAUUUUGUUGCUGUUGUUUUGAAAAAUAGUACUUUUUACAUAUAAGAAGUCAUUGAGGUAUAUAACACAGUACUUUGUGAUGGUGAUCUUGUACUAUUUCACUUGGAGGGAGAGGGGUAACCUGUGGUGAUCAUCACUUUGACAAUGACUAUGAUAGUAAUUAUUAUAUUGGUGAUAAUUUGCUUGAAUUUUUUUUAUAUCCCAUGCAUUUCCUAGCCUUACCCAAAAAGGUGUUGUUUGGUGUUUUGUUUUUUUUUUGGUAAUAUAUUACUUUUGUGUUUUGAUUUUUUUUUCCUCAAAUCAUUUUUUCCAGAUAAUGAAUGGUUUUUUGCUGUGCCUAGGCUGCCACUGUUGGAAUUUAUCAAAAUAUAACAAAGUAUGAGGGUUCAGCUUUUGAGAAUUAUAAUACAGGUAAUACUUUUUGCAUGAUGCAGUUUUUUUUUUGCCAAACAUCCUAUAAAGUGAAGUGUAACUAUGCAUUGCUUGACAGAGAACAGCCCCUGAAAGAUAUCAACUCCAACUCCAUUUGUAGCAUCAACUGGAUGUCAGAAUGAUCUGUUCUAAAUGAUUUAUUGUGUGCUUAUUUUUCAGUUUAUGAGUCUCGCUGUCUGACUGCUUGGUCAGCGAGUUACGAUGUGCUCUUCAAGCGUAACAAUGUUUUUACCAUUUCAGUGCACGUUUGACUGCUAGUCUGUUGGUAUGCUAUGUGUCCAGAGCCAAAACAUGAUACAUGUACUAUAACAGAGAGGAACUAUAUCAUUACCAGCUGCCUGAUAAUCCCUAAUAUCCCUUUUCGAGCUUUCAAAAACGUCAAACCUGUAGAAGCUUGCUUGAUUGAAGCUGGAAGUAUUUUGCGCUGUCACCGUGAAGUGUUGAAGAGCUGUUGUUUGUACUCAAUGAGUAAAUGUUGUUCAAAAUCAAUAAACAAUUCCAAACUCAGUGAUCAUCACUGACCGACCACAGAUUUUAGUUCCAAGGUCACAUAGAUGAGGAAAUACCACUCAGGAGGGCAGAGACAACGUUCAUAAACAUCUCGAGUUUCCAUAGCUCUAAUCAACUGAUGAUUUUCCCUCCUCUCAGCAUUUUAUUCCAUCCUUCCAUCAUUGGUGAGAGAACUUUACAUGUUGUAAAUAGAUACCAGCCAAUAUACAGAGUAAGUUGGGAUCAUGUAAAAAUGUAUCCAAUAAGAUUUCAGAUCCUGAGCUUGGAACACAGGCUUACUACUGGAAUGUGUUGCAUUGCUUUUGUUUUUUAGUAAAAUAAGAAAAAUAAAUAAAUAAAUAAAAUAAAUAAAUAAAUAAAACACAAAAUGUUCUUGGAAAUAUGUGAUGCAGAAGUAGUAAUAUAGCACAUGAAGGCCAACUAACUCGACUGUAAAUAAAGAGAGUAACUUUUAACGGAAGAACGUGACACACGCAUAGUCUAGAAAUUUGUGACGUUUUUGCAUAUAUUUUUGUGUUCCUUUUUUUAUCGCUCCUGCUCUUCCUGUCUGAUUGAUCACCCUUAAAUGAAUAGACACAAAAGUAACAUCUCCUAACCCUCUGUAACCUUUCUUUUCUUUUUCUUUGUGAUUUCUAUUGUGCAUAUGUGCUAGGCUGCUUCUUAAUGUCUGUAUGAAGAAACAAAUAUAAAUAUUAUAUAUGUGUGUGUGUCUGCCGAUGCCGUAAUGCUCUGUACCCCGCUGUAACAUCUUUCUUAUAAAACGCUAAGACUCAUUUCUCCUCAGUGUUACACUUAUUUUAUAUGCUAAUAUUUAUAUUGCUGUUUUAUUUUCUCUUGAACACUGACAUUUCAAAUAAAAGGUUAUGAAAUCAUUAA